AUGAGCAAACGAAACAGACAAGAUUUUGAAAAUCAUCAAUUCAUUAAUUCGGAGGAAAUAUUCACUAACAAUUUUAAUAAUAAUAAUAUGGAAGAGAAAUCAAAAAAAAUUGUAAAACUGGAACAAGAAAUAUUUUCAGAUGACAUUUGUUUUGAAAUAAUUUCCAUGAUUGAUGAUUCAUGGUUUAUUUUAAAUAAUUGUACUUUAAUUUCAAAACAAUUCUUUAAUGUGAUCAAGGAACGUUCAAAACUUGCUAUUCAAUUUAAAAAAAAAUUUACAGAGAAACGAGUUCAAUUAUUUUUGAAAACUCAAUUCAUGAAUAGUAUUGUUAAUGUUACAUUUUCUAGUUGGUUGCUUGAUUCUUUUGAAGAAGCCAAAUUCAUAACUGAAAUGAAACAGUUGAUAUCACUUAAUAUUCGUGGCUAUGAUUUUGGUGAUGAAGAAGCCAAAUUGAUAAGUGAAAUGAAACAAUUAACAUCACUUGAUAUUUCUUACAAUCAAAUUGGUGAUGAAGGAGCCAAAUAUCUAAGUGAAAUGAAACAGUUGAUAUCACUUAAUAUUCGUGGCAAUCGAAUUGGUGAUGAAGGAGUCAAAUAUAUAAGUGAAAUGAAACAAUUAACAUCACUUACAUAUAAGGGAUUAUAUUGA